AUGACCCAUGUCGAAACUAUAAGGCGCCCGCUGCCUAGGACGAGAUCCAACUUUGCCGCCCGCACACCUCAAGACGAGAGUGAGCGUCUGCAUCGACGCUCCUUUGUUCAGCAGUCGCCUCCGCCCGUUGAAGAUGAGGAGACGCCACUGCUCCCAGAUGGUCAACUUCGCCAGCCGCACGACGGCAAUGUCUGCCAUGGCACCCAAGAGAUGCAGGCCAAGCGGGGACUCGUGACCCGUUUCUUCUCUGCCAUGCUCCCCUCGUCGCACCUAGCAUCCAGCAACAGUCAUAAACGACACCCAUCAACCGCCGCCUCCAAACCAAGGCCUGGAGCCUUCCCUAGGCCAGUCGGUGGUACAGACAAGCUAGGCACUUUUGCAGGCGUCUUCGUACCCGUGACCCUCAAUGUCUUGUCUAUUUUGAUGUUCUUGAGAUUUGGCUUCCUUCUCGGCCAAGCAGGUCUAGUGGGCAUGAUGGGCAUGCUGAUUGCCGCCUACGCCAUAAACCUCUUGACUACUCUGAGCAUCUCUGCCGUCGCCACAAACGGCACGGUAAGGGGAGGGGGCGCCUACUACCUCAUCUCGAGGUCACUGGGACCAGAGUUUGGCGGUAGCAUUGGCAUUGUCUAUUAUCUUGGCUCUGUUUUCAAUACCUCGUUGAAUGCUGUUGGCCUCAUCGACUGCCUGAUUGAGAACUUUGGUAGCAAUGGAGGUAACAUGGGCGAAUGGCUGCCCCAAAGCUACUGGUGGCAGUUCCUGUGGGCGACUGUAAUCUUGGUAGUGUGCACGCUCAUCUGUCUAGCUGGCAGCGGACUCUUUGCUCGCUGCAGUAACGGGCUGCUGCUUGUUCUGCUUGUUGCUACCAUCAGCAUUCCUUUGUCAGCCGCCUUCAAAACCCCAUUUUCUGACCCCGAGGAAAACAUCAUCUUCACAGGCCUCAGCAUGCACACCUUUACCCAAAACUUACUUCCUCAUUUUACCAGAGGCGCUGCAGGAAGUGUGGGUCAUCACCGCGAGAGCUUCCAAGAUCUCUUCGGCAUCCUAUUCCCAGCCACAGGGGGCAUUCUUGCCGGCGCUAGUAUGAGCGGCGACUUGAAGCACCCAAGCAAAGCCAUCCCAAAGGGGACAUUGUACGGCUUAGGCUUAACCUUCAUCCUGUACACCCUCGUUGUAUUCGCCAUGGCAGCGUCCAUAGCCCGCGAAACAUUCUACAGCAACACUAACGUUAUACAACUAACCAACAUCUCUGGUGUCGUUGUACUAGCAGGUGAGAUGGCGACAUCGUUGUUUUCAGUGCUCAUGGGUGUUAUUGGCUCUGCCAAACUUCUCCAGGCCCUCUCUCGCGAUCAUCUGAUUCCCGGACUCUCUGCCUUUGGUCAAGGCACCAAAAAGUCAGACGAGGUCACCAUGUUUGCCGACAUCAACCAAAUUGCCUCCUUUAUAACAAUGACGUAUCUUAUGACAUUUCUGGUUACCAACUUGGCUUGCUUCUUGCUCAAGAUAGGAUCCGCCCCGAACUUCCGGCCAUCGUUCCAUUACUUCAACUGGCCCACCGCAGCGAUAGGAACGCUCGCCUGCGGUGUCACCAUGUUCUUUGUCGAUGGCUUCUAUGCAUCUGGUUGUGUAGCCUUGCUCAUGAUCAUCUUUCUGUUGAUCCACUACACCACUCCCCCAAAGCCAUGGGGUGAUGUCAGUCAAGGCCUCAUCUACCACCAGGUUCGGAAGUAUUUGCUACGCUUGAAACAAGAGCACGUUAAAUUUUGGAGACCCCAGAUCUUACUUCUUGUGAACGAUCCACGGAGGCAGUACAAACUAAUACAGUUUUGCAAUUCUUUGAAAAAAGGCGGACUGUUUGUACUUGGACAUGUUAUCGUUUCGGAUGACUUUGGAGCAGCUGUACCUGAAGCCAGGCGGCAGCAACAAUCUUGGACAAAGUAUAUUGACUUCUCAAGAAUCAAAGCUUUCGUCAACAUCUCCAUCUCUCCAGCAGUGGAAUGGGGCGCUCGCAACCUUGUUCUUGGUGCAGGUCUGGGUGGCAUGAGGCCGAACAUCGUUGUCAUGGGAUUCUACAAUCUACCCGAGCUUAAACAGGCACAGCCUUUGAUCGGCAUACCAUCGCCCCAGCCAUCAAGGCCAUCUAGUAAAGCUGUGAAUCAUUCCAUCUCCGGAAAAGCAAUACAAACGGCAGCCAGGCGGCGCAUGACCGGCAAUACACAUAGCAUGCUUCCUACGGACGCCAUGAAGCCUGAAAAUGCAAUCACGAUACGCAGCUACGUUACUGUGAUAGAGGAUCUGGUUCUACGCUUGCAAGCAAACGUUGCCAUAGCUAAGGGAUUCCAAGAGCUUGAGGUACCGCCCGCAAAGCCCACAGUCAAACAAAAGGCGUUCAACCUGAUGGGACUGAGCGACAUCGAGAUUGAUGAUCCGUCAAAGAAAUAUAUCGACCUUUGGCCGAUACAGAUGUCCGCCGAGAUUGCCACUGCCGGAGACGAGCCUGUUCGGAAAAACGUACUGACGACAAAUUUCGAUACUUACACACUCAUUCUCCAACUUGGUUGUAUCCUGCACACUGUGCCCUCAUGGAAGCGCAUGUAUAAGCUAAGGGUUUGCGUCUUUGUCGAAUACGAAACAGAUGUUGAGGAAGAGCGUGGGCGCGUUACCACCUUGCUGCGAAAUUUACGCAUUGAAGCUGAGGUUCACGUCUUCUGGUUAUCAUCUGGCGAGCUGAGCAUGUACGAAGUCAUCAUCAAUGGACGUGACGACGGACAUCUUGAUCAAACUGGCCGCGAUAUUGAUUACUCAUUGGAAGAUGAGCGCUGGUGGCAAGACAUCAAACGACUUCGUCAGCCCGAAAAUAUCAGUGGCAGCGACGAACUAGCACAGACAGUCGAUAUUCUCGAAGCAGUAACCAGUUGGCCAAUUGCGUCUUUCCAGUAUGGUAGGCAAGACGCAAAUCCAAAACGCUUCUCUGCAUUAAGAAGGAUGCUACGUAGAGCGAAAUCCCGGCCAUCAACUAGUAAUAUGUAUGGUGGUCGACUUGAAACGCGAAGUAAAAGGCUACCUACCGAACUAUCUGGAGACGACGACAGUGAUACCCAGCCAUCUUCCAAUGGAGGAAGAGACGAUGAGGCUCUGGCUUCGGACAGUGAAGCCAUAAUUAGCGGCAGCAACUUCGAUGAAUACGACCUGGAUGCCUCGAGCGACGAAAGUGACGUUGAUGCCCCACGACAUCCGCCCAGGCGACGAAAAACCGCACCCAGUAGCUCCUUCUUCUCCCGUCAACUCGACCUUCGCAAAGCAAUCUGGAAGCCCCUUCAUAAAGAAAGCACAGAAGAUGCUUCAAGUAUGCAAUCCGUGACACCCCUCCUUCCGCACUCAAACGCAACAGCAUCCGUUACAGCUAUCUUGCCUACCAGAUCGUCUUCCUCAAAGUCCCACAGCAUAGCCAGCUCUUCUCCACAGCGCUCUGCGACAUCUCUCGUCCCGCCACCCGCAGUGCGUCCUUCGUCACUCCCGAAGUUCACCUCCAAUCCAACGCCGCGCACAGCAAUAUCUGCGGAAGAAGCAGCAGGCCCGUCGAUAAUGUUUGUUGAUACACCGCACCCGUCGACCACGAAGAGCAAUCCCAUCGAAGAAGAAGUCUCUGGUGAAGCUUCUGUUGCGGAAACACCUAAAUCAAACGCAAACACGCCUGCAGACUACCCCCAUAGAGCACCGACAUCAACAUGCACUGCAUCUGGCUUCCCCUCCCAACAAGCCAUCCCCCUCUCCUUCAAUGACCUCCCCUGCCGUGCCCAGCAUCUCAUAUUGAAUGAACUAGUACGCAAGCAUUCAGAGGAUACAGCUGUCGUCUUUACGACGCUGCCUAGUCCCGUCGAGGGUACUUGUGACAGCGAGGCCGAGAGCGUAAAGUAUAUCAGUGAUUUGGAGGUGCUGUGUCAAGUACCGGAGAGAUGGAAGAAGAUUGGCACAGGAAUGUAG